GUAUUUCUUCUUCCUCUUCUUCUCAACAACAACAAACACCCUCCUCUUCCUCCUCCUCCCCCUCAGGGCCUUCAAUUUCUUUUCAUCAACAACCACAAGUAUGCAAAUUUUAAUUUCUUUUGUUUUUACUUUUUUAGGCUUUUCAACAAGGAUCUUCAUAUUCUGGUUAUGGACAAUAUAUAGGAGGGCAACAAAGUGGAGGAAUGCCUGAUGGAAGUUAUUUAAAUUAUUUACAGAAACAAAUAAAUACAUAUCCAGUAAUGAUAUAUACUUUGGCUGAUUGUAUUCCCUGUCAAAGAGCAAAACAUUUACUUGCAAUUCAUUACCCAGAUGUUAGAGCCCAUUAUUUAGAACUUUCUGGAAAUGAAGUUUGGCAACAACAAUUACAAAUUCAAUUACAAUAUUUAACUGGAGCAAUUACUUUCCCCUAUAUUUUUGUUUGUGGACAAUAUAUUGGUGGAGGCACAGAACUUUUUGAAUUACAUGAAUCUGGACAAUUAAGGCGAUUAAUUAAUUUAUGUUUACAAAAACAAACGAAGAAAUAA